AUGAAUAAUAUAAAACAAUUAAUAGAAGGGAUUUAAAAAGUGGAACAGGAAUUUAGUAAAUAGAACAUAAAUCCUGAAGAUCGAAUACCAAUCAUUAGUAAAAUCUUGUUUGAUGAAAGUUUGCAAACUCUGGAUAAUCUAGAUUAAGUAUUAAUCACAUAAUUUUAGUAAAGUGGUUUAAGUGAACUUAAUGAAUACAUUGAUUACUUACUUUAUAGGUUAGAUUCAUAAUGUGAUUUUGAACUAAAUUUAAAUUAUUAAACUAAUGAUAAAAUAUUGUAAGAAUUAUCAUCCUGCUAAUAAUAAUCGAAGGAACAAGCGACACAAGAUGAAAACGAUCUAAAAAAAGUAUCAAGACCAAGAAUCUCCACUUAAAAAUGA